AGAUCAACCUGCACUAUUCUCUUUUUCUUUCUAUUGACAAAGCAUAGACUCGUGGCAAACCAGCGGAGAUGCCUUCUGUCGUGGUGUUCCGCGGCGCAGCCAUUCACUCGCUUGACCUCCAAACUCUAGAAUUUGUUGACGAUGCAACUCUAAUGGUCAGCGACGGCGUCAUUACAGGAUUUUGGAAGAACCCCGCCGAUGUCCCCCAAGAUGCAAUCCCACCUGAUGGCAAGAUAUACAGUCUUCUCCACGGAGAAUUUCUCAUCCCAGGCUUCGUUGACACUCAUAAUCACGCCCCUCAAUGGCCAAUGCGGGGUCUUGGGCAAGGCCUUCAUAUCCUCGAUUGGCUCGACCAAGUGACGUUUCCCUUCGAAGCGCGCUUCUCUGAUCCAGAGUACGCCAAGAGGAUGUAUGAACAUACUGUUCAGGACUUUCUACGACAGGGAAUUACAACUGCUUCGUACUAUGGCUCCCGACAUGCUGAAGCAACACGCAUUCUGGCGGAUAUAUGCCACGCGAAAGGCCAGCGUGCGUUCGUCGGCAAAUGCAAUAUGGACAGAAACGCACCUGAUUAUCUUCGUGAGCAAAGCGCAUCGGACUCUCUUCGCGAGACCAAGGAGUGCAUUGCUCAUAUCCGUGCCCUGUCAUCUGAAGGCGGGGGCGAAGAGGGGUUGGUGAAGCCGGUUGUAACACCAAGAUUCGCAAUCUGCUGUACGGACGAGCUUCUUCGUGGGCUUGGGGAUAUGGUAAAAGCUGACGAUACUCUGGCGAUGCAAACACACUUCAAUGAAGCUCAGCAAGAGAUCGACUUCACCAAGGAGCUCUUCCCGCAGUUCAAAGGAAGCGAGGCCGAUUUGUAUGAGAGCUACGGUCUCCUCAACAAGCGCAGCAUCCUUGCUCACUGCACCAUCAUGACUGACUAUGAAAAAGAACGUCUUGGAGCUUUGAAAUGUGGCAUUGCCCACUGUCCCAUUGCCAACAUGACAGUCGGCGGUGGUUUUAUGGUCGCACCUGUCCGCGAUUUCCUCCGUCGCGGCGUCAAAGUCGGCCUUGGAACUGACAGUGGAGGCGGCUGGGCAUCUCAGAUGCUUGCGGUGAUUCGACAAGCUAUGAUCGCCUCAAACGCCUGCGAAGUUCUGACCAAGGGCGAAGACAAGGCUCUUUCACUAGAGGAAGUUUUCUACCUCGCUACUAUGGGUGGGGCAAAGGUUUUAUGUCUUGAAGACAAGAUUGGGAACUUUGAAGUUGGUAAGGAGUUUGAUGCUAUUUGGGUGACUACAACCACGGGACGACAAUCUGCUAUGACCCCGAGAGAGGAGGAAGACUCGCUGAGGGGGCUGUUUGAGAAGUAUAUUAUGACGGGUGAUGAUAGGAAUGUGGCACAGGUUUUUGUUAAGGGACGCAGAGUUGCGGGUAGCCGAGAUUACGAUUAGCUUGGGCAGUCUCUAAGAUCGCCUUCGCUCUUAUAACGAGCAUUUAUGCACCAUAGUGACCUUAAUCAAUCAUUGCCCUCCA